UUUUAAAAAAAAGUCUAAAACAUUGAAUAAAAAUCACAUAUGAAUAUUCAAAUCAUAAGAAAAUUACAAAUAAUUAUUUUGCAUGGUAUACCAGAAUAACUGGUUUAAGAAGAGGGCUUUUUCUUGCAUGAAAUGCUUGAAGCUAGGUUUCCAUAAAAUCACUACACAGUCGCUACAGCGUUUUCACUGCAAGCAUUGCACUUCGUAGUUGUCCCCAAUUCAAUAGGGAAUGCUCUGAUUCAACUGACCAAUCCGCAUGGCCAAAGGAGUCGGUGAUAUAUUGUUAUGGAAACCAGGCUUUAGGGAAUUAUUUAUUUUAUUGCAGAGGAGAAAUUGGUGGUUGUUCUCUCUUUCAUUAAUUCAAUUUAUUGUAUCAUGGGGAGUUAUUUUCUUUGACUCAGAUAAAACAAAAUAUUUUAAUUCAUUUGCUUUGUUUAUAGUACCUUUGAAAAAAAUGUUUUAUGAAAUGUAUUUUCUCCGCCUAUAUUAUAAUUUUACUGUAUACAUUUUUCUACAGUAAAUUCACAUGGUGCUCACUACAAGACAACAGUUGAAUUACAAAAUGUGUUAGUCAAUCAAGAUGCAUAAUUAAUGAUUUUCAUAUUUAUCAAUUAUAUUCACAGAAUUAUUAACACAGACAAUGGCUGAGCAUAGAUUGAAUCAGUUUUUAGAUGAUCUUGACCAAAAAAUCUUGGAAUGUAUGAUAUGUUUCAGAAGACUGCAAGAACCAAAGUCUCUGAACUGCCUCCACAGCUUCUGUAAGGCGUGUCUGCAGGACUGGAUAAAUGCCAAGGGAACCCUAAGCUGUCCAACCUGCUUGAAAUCUUACCCAAUUCCAGAGGGCGGGCUCCAGAACUUACCUCCAAACACAUUCCUCAAUAACUUAUUGGAGAUCGUUGAACAAGUUGAGAAUGGAGAACAUGAGUGUAUUUGUGGGAAAGGUGAAAAGACAAAGUACUAUUGUCAGGAUUGUAGGGAGUAUUUAUGCCCUUCCUGUAGAGACUACCAUGUUAAAUUCAGAGGAUUCACAAACCAUCAACUGCAUCUGAAGCAAGACAUAUUGCAAAUGAGUCCACAGCAGCUUGCAGCCCUCCAUCCCCCUCUCUGUUCACAGCACAAUGAACGUUUGAAGUUCUUUUGCAAAGGUUGUAAUAUACCGAUCUGCAUGCAUUGUGCCAUUACUGAACACAAUGUAGCUGACGGAAAUCAUAAACCGGUGGAUAUUUCCGAAUUAUUCAAUGAAUUUCGAGAAAUUUCAGAUAAACUGAAGAAAGAUGCAAGUGUCUACAAGGACAAUAUACAAGACGGCCUAACAAAGGUUCUUCAAAAUGCUUCAAACUUGGACAAAUCUAAAGACACCUGUUCAAGAGAUAUUGAAAACUGUGUCAAAGCAAUCAUCAAAAGAAGCAAGGAUAAAGAAAAGGAAUUGAAAAAUGAAAUGGAGAAAAUAUAUGAAGAGAAAAAAAAAGUAACUGAAACUCAGACUCAUGAAUUGAGGGCAAUUAUUUCUGAUGUAAAUACUAAGCUGAAUUUACUUGAUCAGUUAUUAAAGAGUGAUGAAGCCAUGGCAAUGGAAUCAAGUGUUAAGGUUACAAAAGCCUUGAAGGAACGGAUCAAUGAAUUGCCAAAAUUAGAGCCAAUUGAUGAUGGAGAAAUUCACUUUAUUGGCAACAAACCAAAUAUUAAAUUAUUACAGAAAAAUGAGAUUGGUAUUGUUGCUGCUGCGCCUCGUUAAUUGUUAUGUCAUCUUCACAUUUAUGUAUGCCAGAGACAUGGACCUUGCCUGCCAAAAUAGAAGACAUUUUGAAAUGUGGAUUAUGAAAAUAUCGUGGACUUGUGGAAUGACAUAUGAAGAAGUGUUGGAAAUGGCAAACACCAGAAGAUGUCUACCUAAAGAAAUUAAAAAGAGAAAACUAAAA